AUGUCAGUUGUUGCGAGGAUGCUGUAUUCCAUCAACAAAGGCCGAAACAUGUUGGGUCUUACCGGAAAGGGAUGGAAGGAGCGUCUUGUUUCUGAAAUAGGUUCAUCCAUGAAUGCAUGGAUGGACUCCCUCCCUGACCAUUUGCGUUGGGAUCCCAACUGCGACAAUACAUUGUUCCUGUAUCAAUCUGCAGUUCUAUAUAACACCUACUAUGUGCUCCAAAUCCAUAUUCAUCGGCCCUCUCUACGCGCUGACUCUCCUCUGUCCGAACGGUCUCUCAUCAUAUCUAUGACCGGAGCCAGAUCCUGUACUCGAAUCCUUCAGAUGGGAGCCUUUAUAUCUGGCACUAUACUGGCUAUGAACAUCUGGAGUAGCAAACGGGCAGGCCGUCCUCCCAACGCAGAUGAUCUAACUGGUUUUGAACGGUGCCUCGCUGCCUUCAUACAUGCUGCCGACACGUGGAAUAUUGCCCGUCGUUUACUGAAAACGCUCGAGGCCAUGGCUUCCGUUGAGACUACUUCUAUUCCCGUUACCCAUCUUCGGGAAAGUGCCGCUCCCAUCUACUUGGACGGCCUACCUGAACAAGUGCAGCAAUUCAGUACUGCUGACCUUUCCUCCUUCCUCGUUGAAGAGAGUCGGCUACUAACAGAUCCAACGUACUUGAACUCAGAGCCCUUGGGCCCAACGAGCGAAGACCAGUCCCAGUCGUUAUUCGGGAUGGGCACGAUCGAUAUGUGGACUACUGCACCUCCUGGAUUUAGUUUUGCGGAGUGGGACGUAUACGUUAACAAUAUGGGUCUUGAGCAUGGACAACGUACUUGA